AUGCUGGAUCCUCGAACCUUUCCUCGUCCACCUGCCUUGCAACAAAUCAAGAAGAAUAUUUUGAUCAAAUUUCCUGGUCCUGAUGGACAAACCAUUGCUUCUACCGACCGCGCAUAUUGGGUACUUGAAACCUAUCACCCGCCCACAUAUUACUUGCCGCCAGCCUCUAUCAAGUUGGAUCUGACUCCUACGUCUCGACGCACCUUUNGCGAAUGGAAAGGUGUUGCCAACUACUUCACCUUCAAGACACCACAAGGGGAUUUAGUAGAGAGCCGUGCUUGGACGUACAAGNAGCCAACCCCAACCUUUGCCGACAUCAAAGACUAUGUGUCAUUCUAUGCCGACCCACGGUGGGAGUGCUACGUCGACGGAGAACUGGUCGAGCCACAGCCAGGUGACUUUUAUGGAGGCUGGAUGACCAGCGAUAUCGUGAGAAAGUCUGUCAAAGGUGCACCCGAUACCAGAGGCUGUUGUCUACAGUACAACGUGGCGCCGUCUCCUCGGAACCUUAUAUCUUCUGUGCCCGGAUUGUUCUCGCGAGUUUUCGUCAAAGCAAAAGCAAACUGCUCGCAAAUGUCACUGGAGUCUGGCAUGCGCAACGCACGAGCAUUCAUCACCGAGAAUCUCUCAUACACUAUCCUCGUUGAUCUCUACUUGAGUCGCAUGUAUGAGCCUAGUAUCUUCGCUCUCUUCCAGAUAGAGAUCGAGUUCUCCGACGCUGCGUCAAUGCCAAGGACAGAUACCUCUGCCACCAUGGACAAGGAAUACGCUCAGGCAGCUCACCAGGAGCACAUGCCUGCUACCGGCGAGACAGAUGAGAACAUGUCUGCCGGAAAAUACAUCGCCACUCGCAUUUCCUCACUCAAACCACCAAUGACCAAGGUGGAGAACCCAAUUAAACUUCUGCGAAUGCUUAAUCUACAACAAUGGCUUUUCUUCACUGUUUCAUUCAUCGCAUGGACUUGGGAUGUAUCUGACCUUGCCAAGUCCUUUGGCAAAAACACAAAGGACAUCACAUGGGGCAUCACACUCGUCUUGAUGUUCCGUUCCGUGGGCUCUAUCGCAUUCGGUAUCGCAGCAGAUCGUUACGGACGCAAAUGGCCUUUCGUUGUCAACAACCUUCUCUUCAUCGUCCUUGAACUCGGUACCGGUUUCUGCCAAACCUACAACCAGUUCCUUGCCGUUCGUGCACUCUUCGGCAUCGCCAUGGGUGGUCUUUACGGAAACGUUGCUGCGACAGCACUUGAAGACUGCCCACAGGAGGCCCGCGGUCUCGUCAGUGGAAUGUUGCAGCAAGGUUACGCCUUUGGAUACUUGCUCGCUGUGGUCUUCGCCCGUGGACUUGUCAACACCACUCCCCACGGAUGGCGCCCUCUUUUCUGGUUCGGUGCCUGCCCUCCUAUUUUGUUCAUUCUGUUCAGAUUGUGCCUUCCUGAGACACAGGCAUACCGCGAACGUCAAGCUGUGCGCGAGUCUGGCAGUCCAGGCAUUGGUGGUACAUUCAUCGCUGAGGGAAAGAUCGCUCUUAAGCGCCAUUGGCUCCUCCUUUGUUACAUGGUUUUGCUGAUGGCUGGUUUCAACUUCAUGUCUCACGGAAGUCAAGACCUUUACCCCACCAUGCUGAAGAACCAAUACAGAUUCGACGCCAACGCUGUUACCAUCACUCAGGUCGUUGCUAACCUUGGUGCGAUCGCUGGUGGCACAAUCAUGGGAUAUUGUUCUACCAUUUUCGGUCGUCGUCUUACUAUCAUCGUGGCUUGCGUCGUUGGUGGUGCAUUGCUCUACCCUUACACCUUCACUUCGUCCAAGGCUGUCAUGGCAGCUGCCUUCUUUGAGCAGUUCUGUGUUCAAGGUGCUUGGGGUGUCAUCCCCAUCCAUCUUAUGGAAUUGUCUCCCGGUGCUUUCAGAACCUUCGUCGUCGGAACUGCUUACCAACUUGGUAACCUUGCUUCCAGCGCAAGUUCGACCAUCGAGGCUCAGAUCGGCGAGCAGUUCCCUCUGCCUCCUGCUGGCAAGGUUGAGAGAUACAACUACGGAAAGGUCAUCUGUAUCUUCCUCGGCUGUGUGUACGCUUAUGUUAUCAUCCUUACUCUCGUCGGCCCUGNNGAGUACAAGGGUCGUGACAUGAGAGUCAUCCAUGACGUGGACACCGCAGAGGCACUCAACCAAAACGCCUAUAACGAGAAGCGUCAGAACUCCGAAUACGCUGACCGCAUCGAGCACGUCUCUUAA